AUGGCAAGUCCUAAUCUUCCAUUAUCCUCAACAGAUGAUGAUAUUCUUGUUGAUAUAACUUCAUCAUCUACAAGUACAUUACAUAAAGAACAAUUAAAAUCAAAAUAUACUGUUACUGCACAUGGUGUAAGUAAAACACAUUUAGCCACUUGGUGGUCAAAUUUCGGUUUUGCAAAAGAAGAAGUAUCAGGUGAAGCAUUCUUCGUUUCUAACUUUAUAUCAUGCCAAAAAUGCUUCAUUACCUAUCGUUAUGGAUCAUCUUCAACAGAAUCCAUAGCAAGACAUCAAUGUACUGGUUUAACAUUAUCAUCAUGCAAUUCAACAACUACUGAAAAUCCAUUUACAUUAGAAAAGCAUUUCACAAAACAAAAAAAACCAUUUCGUCAUUUUGAACAACAACAUUUAACAAAAUUGUUUUCUAAUUGGGUAUCUGAUAAUUUACGUCCUAUAUCAAUAAUUGAAGAUUCAGGUUUUCGUGAAAUAUGUUCGUAUUUUUAUGAUCAAGGUGUAAAAAAUUGUAAUCGACAUAUGGAUUUAGAUAGUUUGUUUCAAUCCAGACAAACCAUAUCGCGUAGUAUAACAAAUCUAGCACAGAAUUAUCGUGAACAAUUAAUUGAUGUUAUGAAAGAACCAAUUAAAAGUGGAUCAAUAACUCUUUCACCAGACAUGUGGAACGAUAAAUUUCGACAAUUAUCGUAUUUAGGUGUUACUGCAACAUUUACUGAUAUAAAUCUUAAAUUUAAAAAAUUUACUUUAUGUUGUCGUAGUUUUCCAGUAGAAUUAGCCAAAACGGGUGAUAAUAUAUCAAAAGUUCUAAAAGAAGAAUUAGAUAAAUAUAAUAUUGCACGAUUUGAUUCUGUUUAUUGGAUAAGUGAUCGCGGAUCAAAUUUUAUUCGAUGCUUUAAUUUGAAUAUGAUCGAUCCGAUUUUCUGUUUUGCACAUCUAAUUCACAAUGUUUUAACCUUCACAUUUAUGAACAAAAAAAUUGAUGGUUAUUUCAAUGAUGAAGGUUUUGAAGAUAUUCCAGAUGAUUUAGGUCAACAAGAUUAUCUUGGUGAUGAAUUUAUGACACUAGCUGUUAAGAGAAUUUUAUUAACCAUUAGAUAUACAAAAAUUCUUGUCAAAUAUGUAAAAAUGUCGAACUUGAAUGAAUUAAUAGUUCAAUUAGGUGGUGAAGGAACAAAAACAUUAAAGCAAUCGGUGGUAACUCGUUGGUUAUCUUUAUUUGCAUGUGUUGAAUCUGUGUAUAUUAAUUAUGAUGCAACAUUAUUAGCUUUAGAAACUCGACGUGCAACAAAAUAUAUUAAUGAUUUAACAAAAUAUUAUUUAAUUGAUGUUUUAAUUCUAUUGAUUCCACUUAAUGCUGCACUUGAAAGUAUUCAAAUUGAUGAAGGACCUUCAUUACAUUUAGUAAUACCUUUCUAUCAAAAGCUGUUAAAUGAUUAUAGUUCUUAUUCAAAAUUAAUUGCAUCGGCAAAAAAGAAAAAACCUUCAUUAUUUCAAAGCUCAUUUGUUUUGGAUUAUUUAUCAACUGAAUCUAGUGGUGUAGAAUUUUUUCGUGAACGUAUACAUGCUAAAUUAAUGGAAGUUUUUGUUUUUGAUGAUCGUCAUUAUAUAGCAAUGUGCCUUCAUCCAGCAUUAAGAGAAAUGGAUGGUGUUCCAUAUCAUAUGAAAACUAGUUGCUACAGUAACAUUCGUCAAUAUUUACAAGAUGAUGAAAGUCGUGUUGUUGAUACACCUACAACGACUGACACUUCAUCAACAAACAAAAAGCGAAAACUGCUGCACAAAUUUUUAGAUGAAGACGAAGAUGAAGAUGUUCGUGCAGCUAUACAAACACAAUCAUUUGAUUCAAAUAAUAUGAACAUUACUGAUGACGAUAAUUCCCUUAUUCAUAAAUCUGCUAUUCGACGUUCAAUUUCAACCUCUUCUCUUUCAACUGAGUUCUCAUACAGAACAAAUUAUCAAGCGUUUAAACCUGAUGAACUUGAUCAAUAUCUUGAAAUUGAUAUACCAUCAACAAUAGUUAAAGAAAAUCCACUUGAAUUUUGGUCCGGUGAAUUUGCUUCAAAAUUUCCUCGCUUAAAACACCUUGCGAGGAAAAUUCUAUCAAUUCCUGCCACAUCAUCAGGAACAGAACGAUUAUUUAGCUAUAGUGGCAUUAUUUUGAAUAGUAGAAGACAACGACUUUCACCGGACCAAGUAGAUAAUAUGUUAGUUAUUAGAAGUGCUCGACAAGUACUUUCAAGUAUGAAGGAAAAUGAUUCAACUAAUAAAGAUUGA